AUGCGUGAAAGCAAGCCUAUGUCAAAAAGUCUCAGUUUGGAGGUUAUGCUGACGUCUUUUUUGUAGGAGAGUGUACAUACACGUCAUGACUGUACCUGUCAUUCGUACUAAAAUUAUAAAUGGAUUCGGUAAAAUAAAUGAAAAAUAGAGGGUAUAAAUUUAUUAGUGCGUGAGUCACUUGUUACGAAAAUAAUGAAAAUACUUGCAAGCAGUGAUGUCUAGUAAAACGCGUAAAUUUUAGAAUUUCUAGCGUCGAAAUCGAUCCUGAUAUUUCAGUAAGAGUUUGGUUCUUUGAGUCACUUAAUUCGAUUGUGUCCGUUGCAAAAUCCGGCCUUGUUUUCUGCAAACAUAAUCGGAUUUGCGACGUUCUUCGUUAAAGUAGUAAUUACUGGUCAAUAACUAUCCAGUCAGCAAAUACAUUCAGGAUGUGCAUAACCGUUUAACUUGCAGCGAUACGAUGACUUCUGAAAGUGAAGAGGCUCCUGGGGAAGAGAUAAUGUGGCUGACAACAGCUGAGGCAGCUAGUCUUGGUGCUGAAGAAGUCGCUGCUCGAUUACAUGUUGAUCCGAGGACAGGACUUUGGUGGCAAGAGGCUGAACAGAGGAGACAAUUAGCUGGAUAUAAUGAGUUUUGUCUCAAGGAAGAAGAACCCACGUGGAAAAAAUAUGUGGAACAGUUUAAGAAUCCACUGAUUCUACUACUACUUGGUUCUGCAGUUGUCAGUAUAUGCAUGAAGCAAAUCGACGAUGCCGUUAGUAUUACAGUCGCCAUAAUUAUAGUUGUAACAGUUGCAUUCGUGCAAGAAUAUCGUUCGGAGAAGUCCUUAGAAGAAUUAAGUAAACUCGUACCUCCAGCAUGUCACUGUCUUCGAGAGGGACGUGUGGAAACAUUUCUAGCUCGAGAUUUAGUUCCUGGCGAUGUCGUUUAUUUAAAUAUAGGCGACAGAGUCCCAGCUGAUAUUAGAAUAUUCGAAGCCAUAGAUUUAGCGAUUGAUGAAAGCAGCUUUACAGGAGAAACCGAGCCGGCUCAAAAGUCAACGGCUCCUUUACUCAAAGCAGAUGAUAAUUCUUCAAAAGGAAACCUUGUAUUUAUGGGAACCCUUGUGCGAUGUGGUCAUGGAAAGGGAAUCGUCGUCAAUACAGGGGAGAAGAGCGAAUUCGGCGGAGUUUUCAAAAUGAUGCAAGCCGAGGAGGCCCCGAAAACACCUUUGCAAAAAAGUAUGGAUAUCCUCGGUGCUCAGCUUUCUUUUUACUCCUUUUUCAUCAUUGGAAUUAUUAUGCUCUUGGGUUGGGUGCAGGGAAAAGCACUCCUUGAGAUGUUUACGAUUAGCGUUAGUUUGGCGGUAGCUGCUAUUCCUGAAGGUCUACCUAUCGUUGUGACUGUUACCCUUGCUUUGGGAGUCAUGCGAAUGGCCAAGAGAAAAGCGAUUGUUAAAAAAUUGCCGACCGUGGAAGCACUUGGCUGCGUAGAUGUAAUUUGUUCAGACAAAACUGGCACCCUAACGAAAAACGAAAUGACAGUCACAACACUCAUCACGUCUGAAGGAUACGCGGCUGAUGUGACUGGUACUGGUUACAAUAGUAAGGGAGAAGUUCGUCUCAGAAAAUGCGACAAUGCCGAACUUGCACGUACAUCUAUCAGCAAUAUGCUUGAGGUUGGUUGUGUCUGUAAUAAUGCUAUUAUCCAAAAUGAUAUACUACUCGGUCAACCAACAGAAGGAGCAUUAGUAGCAGUCGCAAUGAAAUAUGGAAUGUUCGGUGUGAGCGAGAAGUUUCUUCGCCUUCAGGAAUAUCCAUUUUCAUCCGAACAAAAGAUGAUGGCCGUCAAAUGUACUCCAAAGUAUGGCGAAAACAGGCAAGAAGUGUUUUUCGUGAAAGGGGCAUUAGAGAAAAUUCUGCCCCAGUGCACCAAGUACUCAGCAAACGGACAAGUGUAUCCUCUUAAUCAAAAGAAAGACCAGGAACUCUUGGCGGAGGCUUAUGAAAUUGGACAGCAGGGUUUACGAGUAAUUGGAUUAGCUCGUGGUUCGUCACUCCAGGACCUUGUUUAUGUGGGAAUGGUUGGCAUCUGCGAUCCACCAAGACCCCAUGUUCGUGAAUCUAUCACGAUUUUAAUGAAUAGUGGUGUUUCCGUGAGAAUGGUUACGGGAGAUGCUAAAGAAACUGCCUGUGCCAUCGCAAAUAUGAUUGGCUUGGAUACAAUGCAUAAGAAAACCAUGUCAGGAAACGAAAUCGAUGCUUUAACCGAGCGGCAAUUAGAAGAAGUGAUUGACACUGUCAGUGUUUUUUACCGAGUCACGCCAAAACACAAAUUAAACAUCGUGAAAGCUUUGCAGAAAGGUGGACACAUAGUUGGCAUGACAGGUGAUGGAGUAAAUGAUGGUGUUGCUCUUAAAAAAGCAGAUGUCGGCAUAGCCAUGGGCAAAAAUGGAACUGAUGUUUGCAAGGAGGCGUCUGAUAUGAUUCUCGUAGAUGAUGAUUUUCAAACAAUCAUUGGCGCCAUCGAGGAAGGAAAAGGAAUUUUCUAUAAUAUUCGUAAUUUUGUAAGGUUUCAACUUAGUACUAGCAUUGCAGCUUUGUCUUUAAUUGCUCUCGCGACACUAAUGAGCAUCCCGAAUCCUUUGAACGCGAUGCAGAUUCUUUGGAUUAAUAUCAUCAUGGAUGGUCCUCCUGCUCAGAGUUUGGGAGUCGAGCCGGUUGACAAAGACGUUCUAAAUCAAAAACCUCGAAACGUGAAAGAGCCGAUGAUCACGAAAAGUCUUGUGAUAAACGUUUUAUUGUCAGCCACGAUCAUUAUCAUUGGAACGCUCUGGGUUUACAAUCGAGAGAUGACCUCGGGAGGAAUUACGGCUCGCGAUACAACAAUGACAUUCACUUGCUUUGUCUUUUUUGAUAUGUUUAAUGCAUUAAGCUGCCGAUCUCAGACCAAAUCAGUAUUCACAAUUGGUUUCUUGAGCAACAAGAUGUUCUUGGUAGCCGUCACUCUUUCUGUAGUAGGCCAAAUGUUAGUUAUUUAUUUCCCUCCCCUACAGAGAGUUUUUCAAACAGAGGCUCUGACGUCCAAAGAUCUCCUAUUUCUGAUCUCUUUGACGUCGAGUGUAUUCGUGAUCAGCGAGAUAAAGAAAUUGUGCGAGCGACAAAUCACUCGACGUCGCAGUGGAGCUAAGCAGUACAUGACCUCUUCUGGAAUGAGAAAAGGCAGCUGUGAAAAAAGGAGAAUGUUCUUGUCGUUUUCUUUUCAACUCGAUGUAUUUCACGAUAGGAUAAUAUAUCGCUUAAACAUCACAAGACUUAUCUACUACUAUUAACAAACAAUAACAUAUUUUCUCGUGGAAUUGUUGCAAAUUGCGCUACGUGUCUUACAUAGAUUGUAGUCGUUAGAACUUGAUCCACUGCAGUGCAUGUACUAAUUAGAAUUUAAAAAUACAAAUGAAAAAUACAAAAAUACAUCAAUUCUGUCAAGUUUCAACUAAACAUAUAAAUGAUAGAAAAGAUAGAAAAGAAAAAUUUGUAUUUGCGAAAAUCGAAAAAAGACUAUAGUUUCUUUAAAGCUGUAACUUUGGUCCUUUUUCGUGGAAUUUUUUUAUCAGUGUAUACCCUCCAGAGGACUGUAACUCUUAUAUUGGUAUAAAUCUGAUCCACCAUAUCCAUAGAGCAAACGGCCUCUUCCAUUUUCGUCAUAAUAUGGAUAUCUGUAUCGCGGCCUGAAAUUUUUUUUUAAAUAAAUGUUAAUUUCUUCUGAAA